GCUCCGGGCUCAUCGAACUGGAUCUUUGUGUCUUUCACUCUUACCCGACCGCCCCGCAGAGGCGAGGAAACCAAGGAACCGGAGCGCAGAUGCCCUGGCCACAAACGCCCCCUUUGAGAGAGGCUGGGGAAGUUUGUGGGACAGGCUGCAGGGCAGGGGCCUGGGGGUAACUCCUGGGGGGAGCUGUGAAGUUAUCCCAGCCCGCUGGGAGAAGCAGAGUAAUGAGGGGUCAGAAUGGGAGAGUGCCUCGUUCAAGGGUUUAUGGAGGCGUUUGGGGACGUGCCCUGGGACGUGCAUCGGAGGGCGGCAGUGGUCGCUUUUUGUCCGUUCUCGGACGCAGAUGUUGCCUUUGUGUCUGUGCCUUUCUGAAAGCACAACGUGGGGGUGAAGGAAGGGUGCGUCGCGCUGCGGAGAAAGCACCGCCCUGCUGGGGCCUCUUGGCAACCUUUCACCAGCAGGGGCCCCGAUUCGCCUCCCGUGGGAGUCCUGCCGGGCACAACUUCCCCUGGGAGCAGGAUCGGGCCGUAAGAGGGAGCGUAUCUUUUUUGGUUUUUUUGCAGUUCAUCCUUCACCUUAGGAAUAUUUCCAGGGAACAUCAUUCCCCAGGCUUCUAAAGCAGGGUUAGCGCUUCUCUCCCCAUUGUUGGGGUGAAAUGUUGGAGUAAGAGAUACAGCAGGUUAUUUGGAUUCUGAAUUGACCGGCCAUGAGUGCAAUUGACUUGACUUCCAUCCUUGAUCUUCUGGAUGUGGGAAAUUUCUCUGAUAGCAACUGGACGUGUAACAAUGGAGACUGCAUCAUUGUGGACACACUCUCAUGCCCGAGCACACUUAAUAAAAGUGUCUUACUGUACACCCUCUCUAUCUUCUAUAUCUUUAUCUUUGUGAUAGGGCUGGUGGCCAACUCGGUGGUUGUCUGGGUCAAUCUCCAGGCCAAAGCGACCGGUUAUGAAACCCACCUCUACAUCUUCAAUCUAGCCAUCGCCGACUUGUGCGUUGUCAUCACCCUUCCAGUCUGGGUGGUCUCCCUUGUCCAGCAUAACCAAUGGCACAUGGGAGAAAUCACAUGCAAGAUCACUCACCUCAUAUUUUCCAUCAACUUGUAUGGAAGCAUCUUCUUCCUGGCAUGUAUGAGUGUGGACCGCUACCUCUCAGUUGCCUACUUCACCAACUCCAGUAACUGCAAGAAGAAGAUCAUCCGACGCUUCAUCUGCAUCUUUGUGUGGCUUCUUGCCUUCUGUGUCUCUCUCCCAGACACCUAUUACCUGAAGACCGUCUCUUCAAACAAUGAAACUUACUGCCGCCCUCUCUAUCCAGAGGAGAGCUUCAAAGAGUGGCUGGUUGGCAUGGAGCUCAUCUCUGUUGUGUUGGGCUUUGCCAUUCCUUUUCCUAUCAUUGCUCUUUUUUAUUUUCUCCUUGCAAGGACCAUCUCUGCCUCCAGUGACCAAGAAAGGAAGAGCAAUGGGAAGAUCAUUUUCUCUUACGUUGUUGUGUUUCUUGUCUGCUGGCUGCCCUACCACGUGGUCGUCCUGCUCGACAUCUUCUCAGUCCUUCAUUUUAUACCCUUCAGUUGUCAAAUGGAGAACUUUCUGUAUGCUGCUCUUCACGUCACUCAGUGUUUCUCCCUCAUCCAUUGCUGCAUCAACCCCAUUCUCUACAGCUUCAUCAACCGAAAUUACAGAUACGAGCUCAUGAAAGCCUUUAUCUUCAAGUACUCAGCCAAAACAGGCCUCACCAAACUUAUUGAUGCUUCCAGAGUAUCAGAAGCUGAGUACUCUGCUCUGGAGCAAAAUGCCAAAUGAUCACCACUCCACAGGGACUCCUCUUGGACCUUUUCAUACUUGUCUCUGAUGGGGCAUGAAUUCACAGCUUGGAAGAGAAAUAAAGAACUAUAAUUUAAAUUUAGAGUUUGGAGAAAAACCAAAAUCAUGCAUUUAUUUUAACGUGUUUUGUUUUGUCUACUGCUAGCUAAUCCAGACUUUCUGAACUGAGACCAGGGUGCAAAUUCUAUGCAAAUUGGGGAGAAUUUGUAGUAAACAAAGCCAUUGUGUACCACGGAUAUCACAUGUUUUCAGGAUAGGCUUUUUUCCCAUGUGUAAAGGAGACCCUCUCUUGGUUUCAUUGUAUAUGUGUUAUAUAUAUAUAGAUAUAUAUAUAUAGUGUGUUGUAUUUAAAAACCCAAGACUUUAUUUUCUGGCUGUUGGCGUACCUUAUAUAAAUCUCUUUGAAAGUUUAAAUAUAUUUUUAUCAUGUAUUUGAAGUGUAUUGCUGAUAAUUGUAUCCAGAGCGCUGUAGUCUGAAUGUUAGAUAGUCCAAUUAUAGUCAAAAUGAAUGACAAAGGAUGACAUUAAUAGCUGUAUGGAGAUUAUGUAUUAUAUGUGUGUGUGUCUACUUUGGCGGGCACAUUUUAUUUACAACAGCUUUAUGUUGUGGUUUAUACCUAUAUGUAUGGAAACAAGUUGUAUGUACAGUGCUGUGAUAUAAUUUCACAUCAUAUUAAAAUUAACAGUAAAGUAAGAGUCAGGUUAACUCCUGUUUCUGUGUUUCACCAAGCAGUAUCCUUAUGCACAAAAUGAAUGACCUUAUUUCCAAGAGUCCUCUCUAUUUGUAAGUUAUUUUUUAAAAAAUAAAGAUUUGGAAAAAUACAGAA